AUGAUGCAUCGAACCGCGCCAUGGGCCUUACGUUCCAGAGCAGUCCUUCUCAGGAGCAUGGGACAAGCUCAAGCUCAAGCACACCCAUAUUCGCCAAGCCGUUCCCUCCAAUUCAGCAACCGCACACCUCACCUCGACUCCUCUCGAUGCUUUUCCAAUUCGGCUUCCAGCCUAGAUGACCGGACAAAAGAUGCAACCCCCUCUUCAGCUUCCUCCACUACUUCUAUUCCCACACUUCAAAAUCUCAUACAUUCUUCGAUACGAAGCUCUGGACCCAUGUCCAUCGCAACCUACAUGAGGACGGCUCUACUAGAUCCCACAUUGGGCUAUUACGCGUCCGCCUCCGCUGAUGCUCAACAGACACGACAGGGGGAGUCUGAAAGAGAUCGGGCGCGCAACAUUCUGGGCGCGAAAGGCGACUUCAUUACAAGUCCUGAAAUUUGUCAGAUCUUUGGAGAGGUAAGUGGAAGUCAUGAAGCUGCGGGAAGAAGAAGAGGAGGAGGAGGAGGAGGAGGAGGAGGAGGAGGAGGAGGAGGAGAAGGAGAUCUGAGACAUAGCCUGGCAUACAUUGACAUGGACCUCGUCACCCUCUCGUAUCAGCUCUUGGCAGUGUACUUGAUAUCCAGAUGGCAAGCCGCUGGAUCUCCAAGCAAA